UAUCAGGUUGAUUUUGCACAGUGCAAGGUUAUACUUUCUGAAGCUCUAUCGGCAGCUCGCCUGCAAAGCGUUGGAGGUGUACACAUUCGCUUCAAUUCUCAGACCCCAUCGAACCCUUCGACAUCCACUUACCAUUAUCCAUCCCUGGUCCCUCCACCCGCCUCCCUCGCCUCCAAUGCCUCAACCAAGUCGCCAUCAGCAGUGCAGCUGUGGAGGUGUUCUCCUGAGGAUAUCCUGCGUAAUCCCACUUCUUCGGACUCCUACCGCUAUCCGUCCCUGGAGGCUUCUACGGAUAUGGAUCUCAUACUCCUUAGUAGCAUUGAGAGUUAUGGCAGUGGUUCAGUUAACUCCAUGGACUGGACGUCGAUGGAGUCGGUGUCCUCACCGGUCGAGAUGCGUCUGCAUGGACCGCUGCCGGUGAGGAACUCGGACGAACUGAUGGCUCUGAGGCACUUUAUCAUCAUCAAGAGAGCCGACUGGGCAGCGUUUACCGCCGAAUGCGAAGCUGGAACCCCCAUCUGUGUCCACACGGUGGAACAAGCCGUUAUUCACCUGCUUCUGGCAGCAGCAGGUCAUCACAUACCAAAUGUUCGUAUUCCAAUACUCCGCCCAAACUACCCACAUGAUGCCUCCCGACUGGAACGAGAGAGAGAUGAGAUACGAGCGCGCGAUGCAAAUGACCCGCGUGUCGGCGAACUCAACGGCUUGAUCACCAAGACCAUCAACGACGACAAACUGCAACGUUGGCGUGAAAGAGUUGAGGAUUUUAAUUUCCGCGGCAGCUCAGCUGCUACCUGGAAACUUCUACGCAAUCUGACCAAGACCCGGCUGACACACCUAACCAGUCCAUUAGGUUUGGGGGCAACGGGCAACGGUCAGAUUGCCGCGAAAAUGAACCAACUGUUCUAUCCCCACUCGGUCCCACCUCCGGACAUCUCUUUCUCGGCCAAUGCUAUCCUCACCGCCGUCAAGAAAACGAAAGCCUCGAAAGCCUUUUGA